AUGAAGACCACAUUCUCUGUCGCUGCUUUGGUGGCUGCUGCCAGCGCCCAACAAUACAACAUCACCUCCAAGGGUUUUCAGCUAGUCCUCACCUCUGACGAUGGUGCCAUCAACAGCGCAGUUUCUGCAUGCCAUACCGGUGCCGCAUUGGAGUCGCUUUGUUUGUCCAAAACCAGUGAUCCCUCCAAGCCCUCUCCAUUCGACACCUUCUACUUCAACACGACCAGCACUUCCGAGCCACCCGUCAACCACACCGAACUCGGUGCGGAGGGCAUCUUGACAUGGUUCCUUCCAGUCAACGACUACGGAAACAUCCCCUCCUCUGCAUACUUCUAUUAUGACUCGUCCACCGACUCCGCCACCCCAAUUUUGACGACGGGCACUCCCGUCGAUGUGCAGCGCAUGUCCUUCACCGACAAGGAUGAGCUAAUUCUCCAGGGAUACAUCGACUGGACUGCGAACCCGCCCAAAUAUGCUGGUCCUUACGGCCUCAACAGGUGGUACGCUUGUCAGACCUACUAUGCUGGAUACCAGUACACCAACCUCGUCUGGGGCCUUGGUGCUGGAAAGCCAGAGAACCCAACUUGUCUCAAAGUUGAUGUCAAAAGGGUCUUCGUCUAG